AUGAGUUCUAUAAAUGGGGUAACAUUCACCAAGCCGAAAUCAUCACUAAAAACUUCUAAAAGCAAUAAGCUCAUUGGUAUCAUGACUAAGAUCAAUAACAAAACUGUUGUGUGCAUGCUUUUCAUGAUCUUCCUUUUUGCUGGUAUCAUGACAACCGAAGGCAGAACUGUUUCUCUUGGACCAGCUCCUCUUUGUUCUUCUGUCGUUGGCGUAAAAACUGGUGAUACAUGUUUUGACAUAGCUCAAAAGUUCAAGUUGAGUUCAGGAUUCUUUGACUUCAUCAACCCGAAUCUGAAUUGCAAUAAGUUGUUUGUAGGCGAAUGGAUUUGUGUAGACGGAAUAUAA